AUGAAUACAGAUUUCAACUCAAAAAUUUUGUUGCCAAGACAAAUAGCAGCUCAGAUGAAUCAAUUCACACCCAGCCAAAUACCUGGCAUUGUUGACAGUUUAACCGGGAAAUUUUUCGAAGAGCUUUAUGAGGUCAUAAAUGAGAGUAAAAAUUUUCUGACCACUUCAGCAAAAGAAAUUGAAGAACUUCAGUCUGAGAGUAACCUGAUCUCUUCAAUGCAAGAGAAAAUUAGUAGAGAGGCAAAAUCAUUGGUUAACUGUAGCGUUGGACUUAAAGAGGAGCUCGUCUUAGAAAGAAGCUUGUUAAAGAAAAUUAAUUUUGCAAAAAAUUCAGAAAGGAUGUAA